CAGACCGGCCCCGGACACAGCCUGAGUCAGUAUGGACGCCGCCAUGUUUCCGCGCAAGGCCUGAUGGGUUGUAACCUUUCAACCCAGGAACUCCUCAAUAUCCCGGGUGAUGGAUGAUGUCGACUGGCUGUCUCUGAGACCGGUGGAGCCUUCACCUGCGCAGUGUUGUGGCAGUGGCUGCUCCCCCUGUAUAUACGACAUCUACCAGGCUGAUCUGAGUCGUUGGGAGAAGGCCAAGGAGGCUGGAGAUGCAGAACUCCUAAACAGGAGAAAAUCAGAGACCAAUGACUUGUUCCUGAGUGCAGGGUCAUUCACAGCAUUUGAGCUUUUACUAGUGGAACGGGAGACGGAGGAUACUAAUCGCUACAGAUUUAAAAUCCCAAACGGGAGCAGCUUGGGACACACAUUAGGACAGCAUGUCAUACUCAGAGGUACGGUCAAUGGUAUGGAAGUCCAAAGAGCCUACACUCCCAUAAACCGUGUGGAUACAAAAGGCUACUUUGAAGUUUUAAUCAAGUUAUAUAAACACGGCUUGAUGUCACAGUAUAUAAAGAACUGGAAAGCAGGAGACUGGAUUGAAUGGCGGGGGGCUUUCGGUGGAUUUUCAUACAAGCCCAACCAGUAUGGGGAGCUCCUUAUGGUGUGCUCGGGUACUGGCAUCGCUCCAAUGCUGCCAAUCCUCAGCUGUGUAACGGAUAACGAAGAGGACGAAACGUUCAUAACUUUGGUGAUUUGCUGUCGGACGUUUGAGAAUAUUUAUAUGAAGGGCUGUCUACGGGAACAAGCGCGGUUUUGGAACGUGCGAAUGUUUUAUGUCCUCAGCCAGGAGCAGUCAUUACUAAAUCUACCCCUGAGCUAUCGUGAGAACACAAAACUUGGCAGGAUUGACUCCAUCUUCGUGGCAGAGGUGUUGGGGACUUGCAGACGGGAACCAUACGUACUUAUCUGUGGCUCUUUAACAUUUAAUGAACAUGUGAAUGAGAUUGUGAAACUGCUGAAAAUAAAGGACAGUUCCAUUUUUAUUUUUUAAAUCAUUAAAUAGGCUGGUAAGAGAAUCAGUAUUUUUUAAGUCAUUGUAGGCCUAAAAAACAAUUACAUAUCACAUGUGGUGACUGGGUCUACAGGCUGGACAAUAAUGAUCUAAACUACCCAUUGAUAAACU